UAUCAUGUAUGUUAGCCCACUGGACCACGAGACAUAUUUCCCGGUAGGAAUGAGGGAAGUAGCAAUGGUGGACUCCACUAAUCACAUUGUGUUCCUCCGCAUUUUUGAUGAACUUGCUCAGCGCCAUACAGAACAACUAUUGAUUGGUGAAAAGCAUUAUUCAUUCGUCAUGGCAACCUUUAUGGAAGUUGACCAAGCCUCAAGAAGUCUUUUAAGUACAGCAGCAACUACUAUUACGUUCCAUCGAUGCUCAGCAUGCCAUCAGUUUGACAUGCUUCAAGGUGUACGCGAAAGAAUUUGUAAUGAUAUAUUUUCUGGUGAAGCGGUGAAAAAUGUUGUACUUUUAAGGAGGGAUGGUCAGAUGCCGGACAACGAGUACAAUGCAGUUCAACUACCUGCCCAAGCUUCUUCGAUCAAACACAUCUUCAACCAUCUGACAAAAAGUACACCCCGCCCCUCGCCAGAUCAAGUGAAUGAGUAUGACGAAGUUGAUUAGCCAUGUUGGUCCGGAAUAAAUAAUUCUCGCGAAAAUGAUGGGUUUUUAAGUGUUGUCAUUUCUUUGCUUUGUUGCAAAAAAAUAAACAUAACAUGUUAUUCUUUUCACACGUUGCCCGUAUCUGCUAUGUUCACAACUUGCAAACCAUGAUCAACAUGGGACAUAAAUAAAUGGAUGAAAGAAGGUUGUACCUGUAGUGUUGUUGUAA